CAGACUAGAUCACUGAACAUUGGAAUAGUGUCAUGUGUGGCGUGACUAUGGCAAGAAGUGAAUGCUGACUUCAUUCAUCGUUUCGUCUUGGCGCUGUGACGAGUGAACUAAGUUCGGGCUGGGGCCGACGCCUCGUCACUGCGAAUAUAUAAUCAACGUUUUAACAUUCCGGUACCAUAACUAGAGUUAGUGUCUCGAUGGCGAUACGCCUUACCACCCCCAGGAAAUAUUGACAUUUUAGCUAUCUGUGAUAUAACAACAUCUAAGUAUCUUGUUAAAAAUUUUGAGGUUAAACCUUUACCGGUAAUAUCAGUGGAGGAUUUAAAAAAUAUCUAGACUGCAAAAUUUUAACUCGUGUGAUUUAUUUACGGACCAUAACACAACAUGGAAUCAUCAAUGAGUUAUAACUUGGACAUCACGCCAAAUUAUUCAUACAUUUUCGAAUUUGAGAACGAGUUUAUUCACCAAAAUUCCAGGAAAUGGAUGACUGAGAAUUGGACUGUGGCUUUCUAUUAUGUUGGGGUCUACAUGGCGUUUAUUUUCGGGGGUCAAUAUUACAUGCAAAAUCGUCCCAGGUUCGAGUUGCGCCGGACUUUGAUAGUAUGGAACAGUGCCCUAGCGGCAUUCAGUAUCAUGGGCGCUUGUCGGACCCUGCCCGAGUUCAUCCAUGUGCUGCGGAACCACGGACUGUACCAUUCCAUUUGUGUGCCAAGUUUCAUAGAACAAGAUAAAGUGUCAGGUUUCUGGACAUGGAUGUUCGUUCUGUCCAAGCUACCCGAGCUGGGCGACACAGUCUUCAUUGUGCUCCGCAAGAAGCCGCUCAUCUUCCUCCACUGGUAUCACCACAUCACUGUGCUGCUGUACACCUGGUUCUCUUUCACUGAGUACACGUCAUCCGCCCGCUGGUUCGUCGUCAUGAAUUACUGUGUUCACAGUGUGAUGUACUCGUACUACGCUCUCGUCAGUAUGGGUAAAUACCCGCCGAAGAUGCUAGCCAUGACCAUCACAGUGCUCCAACUAACGCAGAUGAUAGUCGGCUGCGCGAUCAACAUCUGGGCUCACAACUACACCACCACCGUGCCGCCCCACUCGUGCCACAUCAGCCAAAUUAACAUCAAACUAUCAAUGGCAAUGUACUUCUCCUACGCUGUUCUAUUCUCUCAAUUCUUCUACAAAGCCUAUCUGUCCCCGAAACGCGGGAAGAAAGCCAAAACCGAACCCCUCCCAGAGAUCGCACCGACGAAGAAGGUUGAAUACAACGGGUACCCGAGACAGAGAAACGGCUUGGUACACUAGUCGGUCCUGUGAUAUUUAACAUUGUACAGGUUAUCAGCGGCCACCGAUUAAACAAUUUCUCGAUUUGAACGGUACAAUAAACAUAGCUUUUGAUAAAAAUCUUGUGCGUAGUAGAUGUGGAUUAGGUUGAAAAAAAGCUACCUACGAGCUUUACGUGCAUUAACGAAAGAAAAUUGGUAAUAUCGUUUGAGACUGUUGAAUUAGACCAUAAUUCCAACGUUGGCUUUUUUAAAUAGUUAAGUAUUUCAGAUUUCAGAUUCAGGUUUGUUCAUUUGUCUAAACCUCAUUCUGGACGUUAUCCAACAGAAAUUUAAUCCAAAUAACAUGUCAAUUAUUUUGUCGUCUUAUACAUUUCAUUGAAAAAAAAAUAUAUAUGUGCGUGUCGAAUGCGCGUGAGUCGGUUAAGCGUGACAUUGGUCGCUUAGUGCCUUAAUUCGUUUAAAUCAAUGAUGAUACGAUCGAUUAAGCAACCUAUUAUGAAAAUUCAAUAUCGUUAAAUAUUUAUGAACACUCGCUAAUUACAUACGUGCGAACUAAUGUGUUGAUUAUAAUUAUCGGAACGGAUACUAUUUUUUAUUGAAAACAUUAUCUAUGCAAACAUUAAUUACUUAGUAAUACAUAAACGACACCUAGCAUUUACGUGAUGCAUGUUAAAAAACACAUAACAUGGUCAUAAACACAUAACAACCACGUGACCAUGCCAUAGUUCGUGAGAUUUGACCUGUUGUGUAAUAAUCGUAUGUUGUAGCAAUAUGUUGCUGAUUAAUUUGUGUACAAUUUCUAUUUACUUUAUAAUAUUUAUCGCUUUCAUCGCGCACUAUAGCCUUUUUCAAUCGUAGGCAAAGUGAAGAUAAACAGAUAACUUUGACAUUGAAUUGACGUCGUGUUCUUGAAUAUUCUAUUAUAUUCAUUAUGAUAUCGCGUUGUUAAAUAAUGUCGUUUUGAAUGUCAUCGAAUAUGUUACCAGAAAUUUGGAAAUAUAAUUAAAGUGGAUACACAUAAAUAGUGCUGUAACAUAAAUGAAUAUAUAUUAAUCGAAUAAUGUUUUUAGUAAUAAAUAUAGCAGAGCUAUUAGCAAACAGCCGAGAUGGCCUAGUGGUUAGAACGCGUGAAUCUUAACCGAUGAUCGUGGGUUCAAACCCGGGCAAGCACCACUGAAUUUUCAUGUGCUUAAUUUGUAAUUAUAAUUCAUCUCGUGCUUGACGGUGAUGGAAAACAUCGUGAGGAAACCUGCAUGCGUCUAAUUUCAUUGAAAUUAUGUCACAUGUGUAUUCUACCAACCCGCAUUGGAGCAGCGUGGUGGAAUAAGCUCUAAACCUUCUCCCCAAAAAGGGACAUUAACAGGCUGUUAAUGUUAUUAGCAAAUUGCAUGGAAUAUAUAAAUAUUACUUUUGUUUCCUUCUUCGAUUGGAAUAGUCUACAUAUGGAACAGGAUAUGAAACCCUAAAAACGUUGCUCAUCAUCGAUUUGUUUAUUUAAAUUGUUUCUUGCACAAGAUUUAUACAAAAGCUGGGCACAUAGUCUGUAUGUAUGUAACAUGGAGCAGCAUAUUUAAUGCAUUUUAUACCAACAAACUUUGCAUGUUCGUGAAUUGUUAGGUAGUAACGCUGUGUCACAAAAAAAAACGGAAAAUAUAGUGUCUAUUUAGUGACAUUUUAAGUUUUAAGAAAACUUUUUUGAUAAAUCUAUUAUUUUCAAGAAUAUUUUUCGUCUUUAUUAAAUUCAGCACAAGUUUAUUCGACUUAGAAUAAUCAGAAAUUGUUUAAAAUCGGUGUCGUUAGCUUAAGGCGAGUCGUCACGUGUUACAUUCCAUGCUAAGCUGUUUCCGCUGGGAUGACAUUGGCUUAGAUCUCUUAUGCUUGGUGACGACUCGCCCUUGGCGCUUUCGAGUUUCUACUUCAGUUCUAUGAGCACAGAUAAUACAGGUACCGUGAACGUUUAUAAAUAUUGUAUUAAGUGUUAAUUUAUAAAUAGUCCUUUUUUAUGUAGCCAAAUUUUUACAAUAGUGAAAUCUGUAAUGAAAGUCACUAAAAAAAAGAUUUUUAAUAAAAAAAAAAAUAUUUACAUAAAUUAGAUUGGAGUUACAUUAAAAAAUCUUUUUACGUUAUACAUUGAUGUGAAAAAAAAAAUAGAUAAAAUUAUUUCAUUUAUAGUUCUAUGUAAUCUGUGGCAUAGCAACCGAAGUAGAGGCAUGUAACUCCUUUGUUGUUAUCGUAUUUAUUACUUAAAAAAUAGUGAUUUUUAAUGUAAUUUAUUUGUAAAGGGUAAUAUUACGACCUGUACAGAUAAGAAUCGUGGUUUUCAGCUUGAUAUGACCAAUGGUCGUGGUUUGUUCAGAAGGACCUCUCACCGUUUCCUGAGGCAUUGAAUAUUAGAUUUUAUAAAUUAUUUAUCAAAUCGAUUACAUUGGUGAUUGGUCUCGACGUUUUAGUUUUAAUACUUUGCUAACGCUUGUCAAACAAGUGCACAAAGUGUAAUAUACAGAUAUAAUUUCAGCUAGUUAAUUAAGCGCUAUUAAUGUUAUAUUGACGGUUAAAGUACAGCUUGUUUUUUUUUAUAUAUGAAAUCAACACCUUUACUAGUUAAUAACAUUUUCGUAAGCUGGCAUAUUGUAAAUAGAAUGGUUAACGGGAAGUAAUAAAAGUUAUAGGUUAGCUAAAUAAUUCCUAUACAUGGCUCGUGACAAUGUAUCGCUCGAUGUAAUGUGCCCAAUUAUGAUGUACAAAGUUUAGGUUAUUUACCUAAUAAGCUCCCUUUACCGUGUGAAAAUAACCUCGAUAGUUAAUACUUUGCGUUAAAGUAGAAUAAUAACGGAGACAAAAGAAUUUCAAUGCGAUUUUGACAUAAGGUCAAAUUGGCGGGAAUAAGAUGAGCAUAGACAAACGAACUUUUCAAAUUUUAUCUGUGACAAUUAAAAAAGGGAUAAAAUGUCUGUCGCUAAGCACAUUGCUAUUUCGCAAUGUGUUGAAAUUAUCGGUAUUAGUACGGAUAUUUUAUAGAAAAUGUUUAUUAAAAAUUAUCAUUUAUUUAAAUAUUUGUUAAAAAUUAUUCAAAUGUCUCAUAUAAUGUACAAAACUGUUAAAUAUAACUAUAGUGAUGUGAAGAAUUGAAUAGUUCAAAGAAACCUGGGUUCAAAUGAGGCCAUAUUUGUGGAACUUAAGAUAACGCAAACAACAAGAGAAUGGUUGAUAUACUAAUUGCAAAAAUAAAAAUCAACGUUAUCGUCUUAAAACAUUUUAGGAUGUUAGAAGUACCUAUUUGUCCGCUUGUAACAUAACAAAGGUGUGCAGAAUUAGCAUAGGUUCUAGGUCAAGGUCAAUUCGACUAAUAUAUAGAUAAUGUAAGAAUAGUGUCGGUAGUCAGUUGAUUUUUUUAUUUUGAUAAAUGCCCUUUACAGACUUUAUACCGUUUCCAUAAAAUUCUUUUUUCAUUACAUAUAUAAAUUAUCAUUCGAAUUUAUGUCAUUAUUAUCACGAGGGAAAUAACAUAUUCGCACUGGGUAUUUUAAAAAUGGGAUAUCAUAUUAUGUUUAUAAUUUAAAAUCGUUAAAGGCAACCCCAUGAUGUAAUCGGUGUCUUUAUAUUAUUUUCAGAAAAAUAUUAGGCGUGUAAAUAUUGGUCCUUUAUAAAAUUUGUAAUAUUAUCUGUAAAAUUAUAAUAAGUAUUUGUUAUCAUUACAAAUGUCUUUUUUUUUUUCUUAUUGGUUUUACUUUUAAGUUUAUUAUUUUUCACACCUCACCUCGCCUAGCGCUUAUAAAUAAAUAUAUUCAUUGGUGCUUGUUUUUCUUUCUAAAUAUAAAUAUAAUACAAAAAUCGUAAGAAUAAUAACGAAUGGAAAUUAAUUUAUAAACUUUUUUACCUUCAUUCGACAUGUUGUUUUUAUAUUAAAAUUCGACUCAAGAAAUAUGAAACACAAAUUUUUUAAAUCGAUACUUAGCAUUUAUUUAUAUUAAUUGUAAUUUUCUUGUAACAAGGAAAGUAUAAAAACGACUUAGCAACAACGGUUCCAUAUUUCAAGAAGAUAUUUUAAAAUAUAUUUUUGCGAAAAUGUUUUGUGAUUACAAUCGAAGUGGAUCUGAUGUAGAUGUAUGUACAUACAAUCAAAGAAAGUAGUAUAAAACCGAAAGUGGAAUUAUUCUUGCAAUAAUUAAUUUGUAUUUCUGGGCAAAUAAAGCAUUCUUUAACAA